UCAAGGAAACUAUGCAUAUUCUACAGGUUGGCUUGAUGGUGCAACAAACAGUGAAUCAGAGAUUCGGUAAAUGCUUGCUUGAACUAAGUGGAAACAAUGCUAUAAUAGUAAUGGAUGAUGCAGAUAUUCAGUUAGCUGUUCGUUCCAUUUUGUUUGCUGCUGUUGGGACAGCUGGUCAGCGGUGCACAACAUGUCGUAGGCUGCUUCUUCACGAGAGCAUAUAUGACAGAGUAAUUGAUCAACUACUUAGUGUAUAUAAACAAGUUAAAGUUGGGGAUCCGUUGGAAAAAGGUACCUUGCUUGGGCCAUUGCAUACUUCUGAAUCAAGAAAGAAUUUUGAAAAGGGAAUAGAGACCAUUAAGUCCAAGGGAGGUAAGAUCCUAACAGGCGGUUCUGUUAUAGAAUCCGAAGGCAAUUAUGUUCAGCCUACAAUUGUUGAGAUUUCGCCAAAGGCAGAUGUCGUUAAGGAGGAGUUAUUUGCUCCUGUUCUUUAUGUUAUGAAAUUUCAGACUUUACAAGACGCGAUUGAAAUAAACAAUUCAGUGCCUCAAGGACUAAGCAGUUCGAUCUUCACCCGCAAACCUGAAGUUAUCUUCAAAUGGAUCGGGCCACAAGGAAGUGACUGUGGCAUUGUGAAUGUAAAUAUACCAACAAAUGGUGCUGAAAUUGGUGGUGCUUUCGGCGGCGAAAAAGCUACAGGAGGUGGCCGUGAAGCAGGAAGUGAUUCUUGGAAACAGUACAUGCGACGAUCGACUUGUACUAUAAAUUACGGGAAUGAAUUACCACUAGCACAAGGCAUCAACUUCGGCUCAUAGAAACACAUUAAGAAGCAUUCUGGGAGGUUGAGAGCAAAGCUUCGGGCUUAGAGCUUUUGUGAUUACAACUAGAUUUUAGCUAGUGAAAGAGUCGCUUGACAAAUUAUAUUGAUAAUAAUAGUUCACUGCUUCAUCCAAAUUUAAAUUGUUUUUUUAUUUUCCAUUUCUUAUUUUACAUAAGUGUAUGAAAUGGUUCUAUAUGUCAUAGUUAUAAUAAACAAAAUAUUUUAAAAAAUCAUUGAAUGAGGGAAAGUGAGGUAUUUAUCUA